AUGGAGGUCAAGGACUGGAGAGAGGCCAACGAUGCAUUCUCCAUGUGUCCGUGGGACUUCCAGAGCUGCGAAAGCAUCGAGGAAGCGCUCAACCGUAUUUGGAAGAAGCCAGUGCCAAAGGAUUUGCACGUGGGCUUCGAUGCCUUGCAGAAAUCUGUGACAGAGCUAAACGUGGCGCAUGUGAAGCUGGGGGUGUGGAAGCAGGCGCACUUCUGCAUUCUUUACACCCUCCGGUCCGGUGCGGAGCUCUUCGGGGGGGCGCCCUCCGAGCAAUCGGUCGGCCUGGAGUUGGACGACGAAGUGAGCAGCGCUGGCCUGCGUCGCCGCGGGGAGGCCGCGACAAGGAGUUGGAAGCUUGUUGCCGGCAAAGUCUUCUCGUAUAUUCUGAAAUCCGCCCUUCAUCCUCAUGAGUACGUCUUGAGCUUCGCUAGUUGCUCAUUCUGGAGCAGCAGUCUGCCACCAUGCUGUAUUAGAUGUUGCCAUGCCUUUUCUUGA